AUGAGUCUGCCAACCCCGGCACCAUGGAGGGACACGCAGCUGGUGCUUCCGGGGCAAAUGCAGCUUUCGACUCCGCCAGCGGCCACAGCACUGUCAAUGCCGAGGCCCAGCGAUGAGUCGUUGCAGGAAAGGCUGCGUAGCCUGGAGAUGGAGUGCCAACAACUGCGAGAAAGCAACUCCCGUCUGGAGCUGGAGAACUCCAAGCUGAAGCUGCAAGUGAGCUCUUCACAGGGAUUGCAGCCAGGUUCGGAGAAACUUGGAUCACCAAGCCUGAACGGUUCGAUCUCCGUGGCAGAGACGCAGCAUCAAGUUCUGCGAAAUCGCAUGCGAGCGAUGAUGGAGGAGCAAAAGCGGCUGGUGGAUGAACUCCAACGUGAGAUUGCGGAGGAAAUGGGCCAACUUCAGGUUCGACCCAGCAGAGAGCACCAGCCGAUGCCGCUUGCAUCCACAGCUCCGACCGGGUCAUCCAGGAGCGGCCUCGUCGAGGCGCACACGGCACCACGAGCCUUCAACGAACCCCGAGAAGCUGCAGCACCGCCGGAGGGGGGCCCGCUUGGGUCUCGGCCCACGGUGUCCCAGUCGUGGAGAGUGCCCGAAAGCACAUCGAGAACGAGCAGCAGUGGCGGCUACAUACAAUCUGUACCAGACGACUUGAAUGCGCCCUUUGAAGCGGAAGCACCACCAGAGGAGGAUUCGCCAGCGCCACCCGUCACGAAGCCCGCGAGCAGAAUGCGCGGCAGUGGCAGCAGCAGACCUCUCUCUGCAUCAAACCGCGUCCCUCCGCUAGACCUGCCUGAGCGCUACAUGCAAGCGGUGCCAGAUGAGCCGCACUCGCCCUGGGAAGCGGCAGCACCACCCGAGGGGGAGCCGCCCUCGGCAGCAAGCUUCGCCUCGAGCGCCCGGCUGCAGAGAGGCGGAGCUGCCACGCCGGAAGAGCCGAACGCGCCCAGCGAAGCGGCGUCCGAAGAUGAUGCCCCGCGUUCGCCGAGCGUUUGGCCGCCGUCGCCGGGCCCAUCGCCACUCCAACAACCUGCAAGGCGUGCGUCAUCCAAGUCGGGUUCCGACGUGGCCUCCGUUGAAGCGCCGCCCGAAGACGAGGGCCCGCCCAGGUCAAUCGCUCCCGGCGAUCCACCCGAUGAGAAGCCGCAGCCCAUGAUGAGCAAGUCGCCGGUUCAAGGAUCUGCGGGUAAGGCAGAACAUGUGGAUGCCACACAAAAAUGCGACGAGAAGAAGCAAGUCUUGCAGGAGGGGGUGAUUCUGCUGCAGCGGUAUGAUCGCAAAAGCAGCUGCUUUCAAUUGCGUCUGUGUAACAAGAAGCUCGCCAACUUGAACUUCACCGUGGACAUCUCGAAAUCCGUGAAUCUGGAACUUCGCGCUUCGCCCGGAAAAGGGACUUCGCACACGUGCAAUGUGCCGCCUGGAGUGACGGUGGAGCUUUGCCAAAUCGGCCAGGUUAAUCCGAAGAAGGGGUACACGCUUCGGGCCACAUACAGCUGGGUGCCACAACCAGCAGAUCGCAAGCUGGUGCAGCAGCAGACAGCAGAGGAAGUAAAAAGGCGGCACGACAUCGUGGCGAACCUCAAAACCUGCAACAUUGUUCCAUCCAAGUUCGAUUCGGCAGCCAAGAUCGAGGAGGCAUGCUCCAAGCGAGGCAUUUCGCAGUUCAUUGAUGCGGAAUUCUUCCCAGACGACGCUGCGCUGUUCAAGCAGCCGUGGAGUCAAGACAACCCGUGCGUUGUUUGGAAGCGCCCCAGCGAAUUCUGCAACAAGGGCGAGAUCCGAGUCUUCUCUGACUCCAUCACGCCGUGUGACAUCCACCAGGGAGCUUUGGGUGACUGUUGGUACCUGGCUGCGUUGGCAGCCCUGGCCGAGCAGCCUCAGCUCAUCCGCGAACUCUUCAGCAGCGACAAGCAUAGUAGCCUUGGCGUCUACGAAGUCUCGUGCUUCAAGAAUGGGCAGCUGACCAAAGUCAUCGUGGAUGAUCUGAUCCCAUGCUCCCCAUCGACGGGCAAGCCUUGCUAUGCACAUGUCAACGUCGAAGGAGAAGGCGAGAUUGGGAAGUUGAGCCAGACGGUGAACGAGCUUUGGGUGGCACUUUUGGAGAAGGCAUGGGCCAAGCUGCAUGGUUCCUACGAGCAGAUCGAGGGUGGAAUUCCGUACCAAGCCUUGAUGGACUUGCUGGGUGCAGCUGGCAAGCGGUAUCAACUCAAGGGACAGCUCCCUCGUGGAUUUGCAACGCCGGACAGCUUCUUUCAAGCGCUGAGCACAUUCGACACCAAAGGGUAUGUGAUGGUGGCCGGCACUAACGGCGUGGAUAACCUGACAAAGGGCGGAGGGAAAGCUCCCUUGGAUGGCUUGGUACCGGGACAUGCAUACACUCUGCUGACAGUGCGUGAGGCAUGCGGCGUUCGACUCGUUCGUUUGCGCAAUCCCUGGGGUGAUCACGAAUGGACGGGCGACUGGAGCGAUAAGAGUGCUUGCUGGACGCAAAAGACGAAGCAAGCUUUUGAUGUCGAAGUCGAUGACCAUGACGGAGCUUUCUGGAUGAGCGCCAGCGAUUUCCUGAAGCACUUCUCAUGCGUGGACGUGGCAUUCUUUGAUAGAUCCUGGGCGACCGCUCGGAGUAAGUUGACGACCAUCGGAGCGUCGAUGUGCAAUCAGCUCCUGCGAUUCGAAGUGAAUGAGAUCUCCCUCAUACAUGGCGAGCCUGGGAAGCACGCAGAUGUAAUGCUGUCGGUGGUGCCGAAGAAACCGAGAAGCCUCCAAGACAUUCUGAGGCUGCAGUUCGCUGUGUACGGACCGCUGUCUCGAGACCGAGCACCGGAAGUGCUUCGCAGCCGCAGAUCUGAUGAGCGCGAGCUCGUCGAGGAAGGGCUCAAGCAAGAAAUUCCCAGCAGCCGCGGGUUUUUGCGUGCGUCACAGGAGAUCCCACGACAGCUGACACCCGGAGAAUACUUCGUGGCCGUUUGGACUCCCGACAAGGCCGGCGUGACACCUGAGAAGGAUCGACAUCUGACCUUGGUGCUACAGUUGGAUGAAUGGGGCAAGGGCACGGGCAGAAGCCUAGCAGUGCACCCAACGCCCAUCAGUGAGCAGCAAAUGGUCGACGGACCGCAAUCCCCAUCGUGGAGCUCCCAGAUCCAGAAGCUGGCGCAGGGUGGCUCGCGAGUUCCCAUCGGAGGAGCUCCAGCAGCGGGCGAUCCGAAAGGCGCCGAUCCAUCCGAUGAGAAGCCGCAGCCUUUGAUGAGCAAGUCGCCGGUUCAAGGAUCCGCAGGGAAGGCGGAACAUGCGGAUCCCGCAGAGAAAAGCGAGGAGAAGAAGAAGGUCCUGCAGGAGGGGGUGAUUCUGCUGCAGCGGUAUGAUCGCAAAAGCAGCUCCUUUCAAUUGCGUCUGUGUAACAAGAAGCUCGCCAACUUGAAUUUCACCGUGGACAUCUCGAAAUCCGUGAAUCUGGAGCUCCGGGCUCCACCUGGCAAAGGGACCUCGAGCACAUGCAAUGUGGAGGUACCGCCGGGGCUGGAGGUGGAGCUUUGCCAAAUUGUGCAGGUUGAUCCAAAGAAGGGGUACACGCUCAGCGCCAGCUACAGCUGGGUGCCACAACCAGCAGAUCGUAAGCUGGUGCAGCAACAGACCGCCGAAGAAGUGAGAAGGCGGCACGACAUCGUGGCGAACCUCCAAUCGUUGGGAAUUGUUCCAUCCAAACUUGUGUCGGCAGCCAAGAUCGAGGAGGCGUGCUCGAAACGAGGCAUUUCGCAGUUCAUUGAUGCGGAAUUCUUCCCAGACGACGCUGCGCUGUUCAACCAACCACAGAGUCAGGACAACCCAUGCGUUGUUUGGAAGCGCCCCAGCGAAUUCUGCAACAAGGGCGAGAUCCGAGUCUUCUCUGACUCUAUCACGCCGUGUGACAUCCACCAGGGAGCUUUGGGUGACUGUUGGUACCUGGCUGCGUUGGCAGCCGUGGCUGAGCAGCCUCAGCUCAUCCGCGAACUCUUCAGCAGCGACAAGCAUAGUAGCCUUGGCGUCUACGAAGUCUCGUGCUUUAAGAACGGGCAGCUGACCAAAGUCAUCGUGGAUGAUCUGAUCCCAUGCUCCCCAUCGACGGGCAAGCCUUGCUAUGCACAUGUCAACGUCGAAGGAGAAGGCCAGACGGUGAACGAGCUUUGGGUGGCACUUUUGGAGAAGGCAUGGGCCAAGCUGCAUGGUUCUUACGAGCAGAUCGAGGGUGGAAUUCCGUACCAAGCCUUGAUGGAUUUGCUGGGUGCAGCUGGCAAGCGGUAUCAUCUCAAGGGACAGCUCCCUCGUGGAUUUGCAACGCCGGACAGCUUCUUUCAAGCGCUGAGCACAUUCGACACCAAAGGGUAUGUGAUGGUGGCCGGCACUAACGGCGUGGAUAACCUGACAAAGGGCGGAGGGAAAGCUCCCCUGGAUGGCUUGGUACCGGGACAUGCAUACACUCUUCUGACAGUGCGUGAGGCAUGCGGAGUUCGACUCGUUCGUUUGCGCAAUCCCUGGGGUGAUCACGAAUGGACGGGCGACUGGAGCGAUAAGAGUGCUUGCUGGACGCAAAAGACGAAGCAAGCUUUUGAUGUCGAAGUCGAUGACCAUGAUGGAGCUUUCUGGAUGAGCGACAGCGAUUUCCUGAAGCACUUCUCAUGCGUGGACGUGGCAUUCUUUGACAGAUCCUGGGCGACCGCUCGGAGUGAAUUGACGACCAUCGGAGCGUCGAUGUGCAAUCAGCUCCUGCGAUUCGAAGUGAAUGAGCCCGCCCGUGGCUUCUUGAGCUUGCUUCAGAACGACCACCGCAUCAAAGGAUCUCCCUCAUACAUGGCGCUGCAGUUCGCUGUGUACGGACCGCUGUCUCGAGACCAAGCACCGGAAGUGCUUCGCAGCCGCAGAUCUGAUGAGCGCGAGCUCGUCGAGGAGAUCCCACGGCAGCUGACACCCGGAGAAUACUUCGUGGCCGUUUGGACUCCCGACAAGGAGAAGGAUCGACAUCUGACCUUGGUGCUACAGUUGGAGGAAUCGGGCAAGGGCACGGGCAGAAGCCUUGCAGUGCACCCGACGCCGAUCGAUGGGCAGCAAAUGGGCGACGGACCGCAAUCCCCAUCGUGGAGCUCCCAGAUCCAGAAGAUUUUGCAGACGAUGGCAUAG